AUGAAGUCAUUUGAUGUAGAAGAAGUGGAGUCUAAGGUUAAUGGAAAGGAGAGUGAAAAAGACUUUCAAAGUAACACAACUUUAGGGAAAAACGCGGAUUUUGAAGAAAAUGAGAAGGUAGAGAACGAAAUAAACUUUGAAGCUAAGUUUUUCAGUCGAAGAAAUUUGGUAAAGAUUACAAUAGGUUCUGUUUUGAGUGUUUUAAGUGGGAUUUCGAUUCCUCUGUUUUUGCUUUACUUCGGGUUAGCAUUACAGAAAAUACCCCAUAGUUUAAAUUAUUCUAAAGAGCAAUACCAUGAUUUCAUGCAAUAUAUAUACUGUUUAAUUGGGGUGACUUUAAAUUCAUUCUUUUCAGGAUGGCUCUCUAUUGCCAUAUUUGAAACUCUUGCAGAAAAUUUUGUAAAAAAUAUAAAGAGAGAAAGCUUUCAAUACUUAUUACAAAUGGAUGAAGAUUGGCAUAGAGAUAAUGACCAUGGUUCAGUUUCUUCAAAAAUGAUAGCAAACUGUGCAUUAAUUAGAGAAGGGUAUGGAAUCAAGUUUUCUCAAUUAAUUUCAAAUGUCUCACAGUUUUUAUUUGGUUUUGUUGUGGGUUUUUACAGAGGAUGGAGAAUGGCACUCGUAAUGUCGGCUUCUCUUCCAUUAGUAGCUGCUGCUGGAUUUUUAAUAACAAAAAUACAUAAGUCUUGGGGAACAAAUACCCAAAAAGUUUAUUCUAAGUCUGGGACCUUGGCAUAUGAAACUUUAAAUAAUAUAAAAUUGGUUAAAUCCUAUUGUUUGGAAUCCUAUAUGUUUAAUAAAUACUAUAAAGUGGUUACGGAAGUUGAGAAUGUAGGUCAAAAAGCAUCUAUAUUUGUUUCUCUUGGAAUGGGGUUUGUUUCCUUGGUUGUUUUCUCAUCUUACUCACUUGGAUUUUGGUAUGGAGGAGUAUUGGUAGCGGAUUCAAUGGAUUCAGGAUGUACUUCUAUGGAAGAUUUAAGCUGUUUUACAGUUGCAAAUGUAUUCAGUAUAUUUUUUGUGAUAACAAACGCUUCAAUUGCACUUGGACAAUCCACUCCUUCUUUGGGAAGCUUAGUAAAAGGUUCUGUUGCCUUUAAAGAACUUUCAAAGCUCUUUAAGACACCUCGAGUUAGAAACCAAAGGGAAGCUUUGAAGUUUGGUAGCAUAAAUGGAGAGUUUAAGUUCAAAGACGUUUCAUUUAAUUACCCUGGAACAGAAAAAAUAAUACUCAAAAAUUUUAAUCUGACAUUUCAACCAGGCAAAGUUACAGCUUUAAUAGGAGGAAGUGGAUGUGGUAAAUCCAGCAUACUAAAACUAAUACUCAGACUUUAUGAUCCAGAUAAAGGAAAGAUACUUUUAGAUAGAUUAGACAUUAAAAAGUAUGAUUUGGCUUUUUUAAGGGAACAAAUUACUAUUGUUGAUCAGGAAAGUAAGUUAUUUAAUGACACAAUUCGUCAAAACAUCUUAUAUGGCAAUAAAAAUGCUAGUGAAGAAGAAAUUGAAAAAGCUCUUAAACUGUCUCAAGCUUGGGAUUUUAUUAAUUCCUUUAAGGAUGGAUUAGAUACUCCUGUGGGAAACCAAGGUAGUCUUUUAAGUGGGGGACAGAGACAAAGAAUUGCAAUUGCGAGAGCUAUUGUAAGGAAUUCUUCAGUUAUCAUCUUGGAUGAAGCAACAUCAGGAUUGGAUGUAAGAACAGAAUCUUUGUUUACACAGGCAUUUCAAAAACACAUCUCAGAAAAAAGAAUAACAGUAAUCAUGAUUGCUCAUAGGCUACAGACAAUCAGCUUUGCAGACCAAAUAGUAGUACUUGAUAGUAGCCCAACUGAGGGAAUUAAGAUCUUGGAACAGGGCUCUAGAUCUGAAUUGGAAAGCCAAAACAACGGAAUUUAUUCCAAUCUAAUCUUUAGAGUAAGUGGAAAAGAUUUGGGGACUCAAAGCCAAAGUAAACCUCAGCUAUUGAGCUCAGUUAGUGAUAAGACAUUAACCAAAUUAGCAACUUUCUAUUCUAAUAAUUCCAGUAAAAGUACAACCAGGCAUUACUCACUUUGUAGCUUUGAGAGUCUGAAUCAGGGAUUAUGUAUUGCACAAAAAGAUACAAAGGACUACAAUUUAAUGGUCAAAGACCUAUUCAAUGAUAACUUGAGAGCUUUAUCUGUGAAACUUCCUAAGGUUUCAUCACUCAAAAUAUUAUUACUACUCAAAAAAGAUAUUCAUUUUCUUAUUUUGGGGAUCAUUUCUGCAUCAAUUCAAGGAGCCAGUUUUCCAAUGAUGGGAUAUUUAAUAGGAAAAUUCGUAACUUCAGGGACACUUCCAACUUCAGAUCUGGUAAGGACUGAAACAGGUAAAUACAGUUUAUAUUUCCUUUUUCUAGCAAUCUUAAUCUUUUUGACAACUUUUGCACAAAACUCAUUUCUACAGAUCUCAGGGGAGCGUCUGAUUAAAAGGCUAAGAGCAGAAUGCUUCUAUUCUUUGCUCUACCAAGAUAUCCAAUUCCAUGAAGAGCCAAAUCAAAGUGCUAUUAAACUUUGCGAGGUUUUGGCAGAAGAUACCAGGCUAGCGAAGAGUUUGGUUGGAGAAAAUAUUGGACUUUAUACUCAAAAUAUAGUCACAGUUUUGCUUGGGUUUGUAAUAUCUUUUACAAGUUCUAUGGAACUUACCCUAAUCAUUCUUGGGUUCUUUCUUCUGUUAAUCCCUACAGGAUUUGCUCAAUCAAAGAUUAUUAAAGGGAGUACUAAUAGAGAUAUUGAAAUUCACUCAGAAUCUUCACGUAAGCAGUCUGUUACCUAUAUCCAGGAGAUUCUCCAGAUGCAUACCAUUAUUAAGCUUUUCAAUUUACAACAAGAAUUCAUUGGUAAGUACAGAAGAAGUACUCGUUUUGAGUACUUUAAAGGAGUGAUGGACUCGCAUCUCCUUGGUCUUUGUUGGGGUUUCGGCCAAGCCGUUCAAAACACUGCUCAAAGCUUUGGAUUAUGGUAUGGAAGUAGAAUGACUAUUAAUCAGAAGAUUGGAAUAGGAGAACUAGUUCAAACUAUUCUAGUUUUAAUACUAACUGCAGCCUCAGUAUGUAGGUCACAGAUAUAUGCUACUGACAAAAAGAAGGCAAAGAUCUCGGCCAACAAGAUCUUUUCUUAUAUUGAUAGAACUCCCAUUAUGAGAAACAGGUACUACAUAAGUAUGGAUGAGAGAUGUCUUAAAGACUUUUCUUUAUCAAGAGAUCAAAGAUCACAAGAGUCCAUUUUGGAAGGUAAAAUAAAGACUAAGUUACAAAGGUUCAGAAAAUUCAUUAAGGCUAAAGAGUUUGCUACAAUCACUCCCAACAAGCUGGAGGUUUUGUUGUCUGGAGGAGACUAUUGUGCUCACCGCUCAGAAAUUGAUCCAAGAAGAGGAGAGAUAGUUUUCAAAAACGUUAGCUUUAGCUAUUCAGAGAACUCUGAAAGCUUAAUUCUUUCUAAAGUUAACUUUACAAUCAAAAGUGGUGAAUUUGUUGCAAUGGUUGGAAAGAGUGGAUCUGGAAAAAGUACUAUUUUCGAACUUCUCGAAAGGUUUUAUCCAAUUAAUAAUCAAAUUUCUGAAGAAACAAGAGCUGAGGGCAAUGACUACCAGCCAGAAGAAAAACCUCUAAUUCUCAUUAAUUCAAUGGAUGUUAAUGAACUGGAUGUAGGAGAACUCAGGUCUAACAUCUCUUAUGUACAACAGAAUCCGAUUUUGUUUUCUGGAACUAUUCAAGAGAAUAUUCUUUUAGGUAGGAUGGAGGCCUCCAUAGAAGAAGUGGAGGAGGCAGCAAGGAUGGCUCAAGCUUACGAUUUCAUUAUGGAACUUCCAAAAGGCUUCCAUACAAGGGUUGGAGAAGGAGGCACUGAGCUUUCCGUGGGUCAGAAACAAAGGAUAAAUCUAGCAAGAGCUUUCAUCAAAAACUCCUCAGUUCUUAUAUUGGAUGAACCAACAGCAUCUUUGGAUAUUGAGAAUGAAGUCUCUAUUAUGAAGUCCAUAUAUUCAUACUCAAAGGAGAGGAAUUCCACAGUCUUGUUAAUAACCCAUAGACUUGGAACAAUUCAGAAUUGUGAUAGAAUCCUACUAUUAAGUGAAGACCUAGAAAACGGAGGAAGUACAAUACUGGAGCAAGGGACGCAUUUGGAGGUAAGUUAUAAGGCAUAA